CAAAUUAGCUCCGAAGAGAUUGCCUCAGUUUACCUCCAUUCGUCGCGAAAAUCAAACCAUUUUUGUGAAUAUAGUUCAAGUAUAGAAAAGUUAGAGGUGAAAAUGCUUCUCUUUCUUGCGAUUCUUGCGUUUACCGCGUGGUUAUUCGUUGUGAUUAAUCGCACCGGGAAAUAUUGGAAAAAAUAUGGAAUCCCAUUUAUUUCAUCAAUUCCACUUUUGGGAAAUUUUUGGGAAGUUGCUACAUUUAAAAAAUCCGUCAUAACGGUUUUUGAUGAUUUGUACAAUGAUGUGAAGACAAAAGAUGAACCAAUUGUUGGUAUUCAUUGCUUCCAUAAACCAUCUUUACUCAUUAAAGAUCCCGAAAUGAUUAAGAAGGUCCUCAUUAAGGAUUUCAGCAAUUUCUCCGACAGGCACGUAUCAUCAGACCCACACUCUGAUGCACUCGGAAGCAACAAUUUAUUCAUGAUGAGAAACCCAGAAUGGAAGGAAAUGCGAUCAAAACUCUCACCUGUCUUCACGUCCGGUAAGAUGCGUCACUUCUUCAAUCUCAUGAUGGACGCUGCAGCGGAUUUGGAUAAAUUCCUUGCGCGUGAAGCCGAAAAGUCCCCGACAAAUUCCUUCGUGACGGAAAUGAAGGAAUUCUGUGCACUCUUCACAACGGACGUCAUUGCAAGCUGUGCCUAUGGCAUUGAGGCACACAGUAUGACUGAUCCAAAUUCCGCUUUUCGCAGAAAUGGACGCAAAGUGUUUGAUUUCAACUUAAGGCGCUCAACGGAAGUUAACAGCUUCUUUUUCCUUCCUGAAUUGGUUCCAUUCUUUCGCUUUAAGUUGUUCUCCAAUGAAACAACGAACUUUCUGCGUUCCACGAUGAAUCACGUAAUGGAGGAACGUGAGAAGUCAGGCUACACACGCAAUGAUCUCAUUGAUAUCCUCAUUGGGUUGAAGAAUGCAAAGCGCGAUAAGGAAGAUAGGAUAAAGUUUGAAGGGGAUGUUCUUGUAGCACAGGCUGGGGUCUUCUUCACAGCUGGCUUCGAGACGUCUUCAGCAACAAUGUCAUUUGCUCUCUACGAGCUCGCAAAGCAGCCUCAUCUCCAAAAGCGUCUGCAGAAGGAAAUUCGAGAUCAUGCAGCGAAAUACGACGGGAAGCUAACUUAUGACAAUAUCAAUGAACUCGAAUAUCUAUCAUUGGUUAUUCAGGAAACAUUGCGCCUUUACCCACCACUACCAUUCUUGGAUAGAAUCUUCACGCCAACACAGGACAAGCCAACUUACUCUAUUGAACCCUACGCUGACUUCUCCAUGCCCCAGGGGAUGCCUGUAUUCAUCCCCAUUUUCUCAAUUCAGAGAGACCCUAAAUACUUCACUGAUCCCAAUACCUUCAACCCAGAUCGUUUUGCACCUGAAAAUAAGGACAAUCUCCAUCCCUACACUUACCUUGCCUUCGGUACUGGACCCCACAACUGCAUUGGUGAACGUUUCGGUGUGAUUCAGGCGAAGAUUGGACUAAUUAGUAUCCUCAAGCGCUACACAGUGGAAUUCACGGCUCAAACACCUAAAACAAUGAAACUGGAGAAGAAGGCCAUCAUCCUCCAGGCUGAGGGUGGAAUUCACCUCAAUGUGAAGCGCGAAUAGUGAGCGUGACUAGCAAAUUCGCGUGACUAACACACUCUAUAAUCGGUUGAUGGACACAUAAAGAAAAACUUACUGCUGUAUGAAAAGCAAGAGUUGAGGAGGGUAAUAAAGCUUAAACAAGUCAAGUAAUAAAGUAUUCGUGUUGCAAAGAAAAAUUCUUUAUUGGAUUCUUCUGCAUUUUAGAAACUUUACAAUAUGUACACCAAAUUAGGUGAAGAAAAAAGAUUUAUUAACAACUUGUUGCCUUAAAUAUAAAUACAAAAUACUUUCACCACAAUAGGUGAUUUUUAUAUGAUUCUAUACAGAAAAUACAAACUUUUCUUAAAUAAUUUUCUUAAUUUAUUUGCUCUAGUUGUGAGACUCAUAUUGGUUUUUUUUUUAUUUUUAUUCUUAAGCUCUAGGUCUUACCCUUCUUAAAUCGCACCGUAUUUAUGUAAAUAAAACCCAGUUCAACUUUUAUUUUUUUAAUAAAACAACUCAGUGGUAAAAAUUCCCAUUUGAAAAAUUAUAUAAAUCUAGCGCCAGAAGUGGCAGGUGUUAUGUAUAACAGAGUAAUGUGUACCAACUGCUAGAAAUAUAUAUAAAGAGUUGGUAGCCCUCCCGAGUCAUGAGACUCAACCGAAGUCACAUGGGCAUUCGAGAUCGGGCUACCGACUAGUUCACACGCAACAUACAGUCUUUUCAGCAGGAACCGUCCGAUUGGCGUACGAAGGAUGAAAAGAGCGACAAAAGAGGUGGUAGACCUAACAAGACCUAACUCCUUUGUUAUAUCUGCCGAUCUGCCGAGCACUUGGCCCGUAAGACGGAAAUACAGACGGAAGUCUUCAUGAAGGCUUGUUUCCUACUGAAAACAAUAAAUCUUGGACUCCUGUAUAAAAUAGACACCAUCAAUGUGCUCAAUCACCUUAUGACAAGUAAAACAUGAGCUGGAUGAUCUUCCCCAUUGAGACAAGAGUGGCAACCAACAAAAUUCCUACGAUUGUACAAGGCUGGUUCUAUCACGGAUUGGAACUAACCUCUACAUGUGAUUACAAGUGGUAUGGCUCUCGAGCAAUGACUCAUCAGGCAACUGAAAUUUUACCUUCAAUGAGCGAAUGUCACCAUGAGAUUCACAAAAUGGAAAUUGGGGUGUAUAUGGACAAAACCUACCCUCCAUUUGAGUGUCAUUGGAAUAGUGAAACUGAUCUAACAAAAACAAGAUUGAUUUUGAUUGAACACAAUGUUAAGUUUGACCCAUACUUGAAUUUGUGGGUUGAUCCAGCUUUCCGAAAUCAGAAAUGUCGUAUACUUCCGUGCCUUACGACUAACCCCUCGAUAUUCUGGAUUCCCAAAUCUGUGACAAUAGAAAAUUGCCAUCUGGAUGACAUUAAAGUUGGUUUUACAAAUUUGACUCACUACAGUAAUGCUAGAUUACCUUCUUUGGACACUGUAAAUUUAUACUCUGAUCAGGUUGGAUUUUUAAGCUUCAAUAAUUCCUGCAAAAUUUUAUUUGGAAAGGGUCAGUAUAUCUCGAUAGAUGAAAAGAUUGAGCGCAUUUUAAGAGAUUACGAAGUUAAUAAGGACAUGAAACAGUGUUUGAAAAUGUUAAGUUAUGCAACAAAAUCUAAUUUUUGAUUUCGCCAAUUAACUUAUUAUUUGGAGACAGGCUUCACGUAAAAAUGCUAAUCAUCGUACGAAAACGUCUACAAAGAAUUAUGGUACAAUGACUCAAAGUGCGAUGGAAACGGAAGAUAAUUGGGUGAACCUUCCGGAUCUAAAACAUUGCGGAAGGAACACCAUCAAAUACGCACCCUACAGGAUCGCAUAUACAUGAAAAGAGAAGGUCCAAGAGAAACGCAAUGAACUUCUCAAAUACGUAAGAAAGUUGAAUUCCAUUGUCAGGAAAGAAUAUUAUCCAAUGCCCAAAAUUAAGGAGAACAUUAACACUUUUCUACCUUUUCCACUGCAUUAGACCAUUUUACGACGAUACUCGCCGUAACAAUAAUAAGGAUCCCACACGGAUCGGAAAGAGUGAAUAUAUUACACUCUAUAUAAAAUAUCAACAACAAAAAUCAAAAUUGUACAAAUGGCAAAUACCGAUCAAGCAAAUCAAUUUGGUCCACGAGAUCUAGUCGAAUUGGGGACAACCAAUUAUAUGACUGCACCCGAAGCGGACGAGGAUAAUACACCUGAGUUUCCAUCCGAAGGGUUCCCAAAUGGAUACACACCCGUACCACUGACCGUCGGUGCCGAUACGGACAUCAAUAAGAUGAUGCGGGUAGUAGCGCAUGGAUUGAAUACUGAUACGUUGCAGGUCAGAGAUGCCAUUCAAUUCCUUUAUCUUUUUGGUUUGUCAAUUGUCGGCACACUUGACAAGCCUAUAAAGUGUUUUGGAAAACCUUGGCUGACCGCGGGAGUUGAAGUUUCUCCCAUUAAACCGUUCGCUGUGGUGGAAACAGAAUAUCGAGCAGAAAAUGCUGUUCCAGCUCCAGGAACAAGUGCUAAAGAAAUCCCGGUUCUUGCUUUCCGGAUACUAUGUGUCUAUCGUAUGCAUCGGACAAAGAUUGAAAGUUACCAAACAGCACUCCACAGGACCGCAACUGCAAUCAUGACAUCUCUAUCAAGUGGAGCUAUAUGGAGGGGAUCUGCUACCCCAGAAAAGUACAAUCAGUGGGAGACAUCAGAAAAUUUUGGAAAGAUAGUAGCCGGGUAUGACUGGUUCUUCUAUAUUUUCAAUCGUCACGAAUAUGCUGCGCUCAGAUUCGGAACAGUUUCUUCCCGGAUGGCGGAAUGUUCUGUAUUUAACGCAUUCAAACACGCUGCUGCAAAUGUCUCGAUUCCAUCUAGAGAGAUGUACAAAUGGCUUUGGGAUAGAGUCUUGAUGAAGGAAUAUUUCAUCCUGGGCAAAGAAACUGAUAAAAUAUCAAUGGAUUCUUUUAAAACCAUUUAUCUCAAGCUCAGUGUCAAUGGCCGAGUAUGUGGCUGAAGAUGCAGAACCGAACCCUGGAGUUCAGAGAGAGGAAUUGCCUGCAUUGGUUAUUAGAAUCCUUUGCAUUUAUCGUCUUCACAAAUCUCCAAAUCCAGGAUAUCGCGUGAAUUUGACCAAAUCUGCAAAGUCAAUGAUGAACUAUAUCUGUGAGGGUUCUACCUGGCGCAGGACCGGAACCCCUGAAAAAUACAAUAACUGGGACACCUAUGAUAACUACACUAAACUAGUCGCCGCCUACGACUGGUUUUUCCAGAUUGGUUUACUGGAAUGCUCAUUGCUUGACACUUUGAUUUACUAAAAACUCUUCAAAAAUCUAAAUCAAUGAAAUACAUUUAAAUCUCCAGACAUUCUAUACCUCCUCAACCGCCACCGAGUUGGAAGCUGCAGUGACCACAGCAAGAGUCGACGGCCGAGAAGUCUCGAUUACAGCGUCACAUGCAGAGCGCUGGUACAAUUCCCUAAAGAACAUCAUAAGUGAAGAUGGAAACCCUCGUCAGAAAGAUGCCAUAUUUUACAUAGGCUACUUAGCCAUGGUGUGUACCAGACUUGUGAUCAAGUCCCCAGCGCAGGUCUCCAAAUACAUUGCGAACAACGUAUAUGCCCGAUUGACACAAUUGGUAGGGAUGGACAGUGACGUCCUCCAGACAUCGAUCCAGGCGGUGGUACCUCCAUCCACCCAUGCACUUAAGACACUGCUAAAUAUAUUUAAGAAGGGCAAUCCUAAAUACAAACCCGUCCUCCUACUCAUGAUUCAAGGAUACAGGCACAGCCAGAUGGAAAUCUCUGGAAUAUUUCAGUCGGCCUGCAUCCUAUCUAUAGCCGGAACAGGAUUGGCCGCCUUCUUGUGGUGGUUUAAGGCGUCUCGGAAAUUGGACUUGCCACCUGGAGAGGUUGUGGAUUUCUUUUCGUCUGCGAGGUUCACUACGUUCCUCCAGAUGAUUUACACUUUCGAAGCGCUCACACUCAAACCCAAAAUAACAGAUACGUGGAUGUUCUCCCGUCUGCUUCGAGACGAUGCCUGGGCUAACUUUACUAUACCCAGGGUCCCGUUUCCUGUUGCAAUAUGUGUGGCAGUAACCGUGGAUGGAGAUAGAUCUGACGGAACACCGCACCAGCGCAGAGGCCCACCCCUUCCCCAGCUUCAGUGGCUACGGCCGCUGAGCCGUCCUCAUUGUUUGAGGGUCGUCUAACUGGAAGUAGGGUCGUGGUUGAGGCACAAAGUCAUAAUUUUGACUUUUCAGGAUAUUUACUCCUGAUGCACGCUCUCUAUGACGUAAUGACGGACACUGACGUCCGUAUUAGGAGAUCGUUGCCCUACUGUGCCUUCCAACACUAUUGUGUUGAGCUACUGAACGGAGUAGCAAUUGAACGCGUAAUGAACCAGAACGCCGAAGGCCGGUUCAGGAGUGAGGAGAGACCAUUUGAGUUUCUUGACGUACAGAGCAAGACUAUACCCACUCCCAUUGUUGACUAUCUGUCAGCAAUUACGCGUACAACAAUGGCUAAUGGCAAGGUCAUAAACUUCAACCUCCCAGCUGGUGGAACACCGCAGCACUCUACAGAUGAUGAUAUUCCAUCUAGAUAUAGAAAAAAAAAUCUAAAUACCGUACAUGCAGCAUAGGUAAUAUGGCGAUCCUGUUACCAAAAUGUGCCUAUUGGCACAUCGAUGAAGAAAAUCGUCAUUCAUUCGUGGGAGAUCCACGAGGUCACUUCGACAAAGAAGUAGCUUACCCAUCCGGAAGAUUUAUCCGAGAAAAUUAAUCCGAGAAGACAGACAAUUAAUCUUUAAUUGUCGUUAAUAAAGUAAAUUUAUUAAAGACAAUUCCUUUACGGGUCCCGUGAAAGCCCCUUAAAUUACGAGGGAGAAUCUCACAAAAACAUCUAACUAGUAGACUUUUAGACUCCAUUAGACAACGUGAUGGCCAGAGUAAAUACUCUACUGACUGAGUAUGCCUCAAAGUUCAACAUGACAACCGGAAUACCGGACAGUGUCACUAAUCCAGCGUCCUUCAUCUUCCUUCGUGCGGACAGGAAGUCACCUAGCACCUCCCUUCUCGCCAAUGAGAGUGCAACUCUCCACUGUCCAGAGCAAUUUGGAAGUCUGGCAGCAAAUAUGGCGUAUUAC